UUGUUCAAGUCAAAAUUGCAUAGAACAUAGUAGAGCAGAAAUUGUGAAGAUGGGAGAUUCAUACUCAGAAUCUACUGUUAAUAUUGAUGUGGAGAUCAACAAUGGUGCCCAAGAUUCAUCCACAGAGUCCCCUGAAUACCCAUCUUAUCCCAAUCCUGAUAAUGCCACCACUGAUCCAUCCACAGUGUCCCCUGAAUACCCAUCUUAUUCCAAUCCUGAUAAUGGAACCCAUCCUUCAUCCACAGUGCCCCCUGAAUACCCUUCUUAUCCCAAUCGCAAUAAUGGCACCCAUUAUUCAUCAAAUUUGCCCCCCAAAUCAUCUCCUUAUCAAAAUAAUGGCACUUAUGAUGCAUCCAAAGUGUCCCCUGGAUACUCUCCUGCUUAUCCCAAUCCCAAUAAUGGCCCUUAUGAUGCAUCCAAAGUGUCCCCUGGAUAUUCUCCUGCUUAUCCCAAUCCCAAUAAUGGCACUUACAAUUCAUCCAGAUCGCCCCCUGCAUACCCACCUCAUCCCACUGCUUACCAACCUCCUUAUCCACCUCAGAACAGUCCUUACCCACCUCCAUCUCCAUUCGCUCACCAGCCUCCCCGCCAAAGAUGGAGCUCAGGCCUCUUCGACUGCCAACAAGAUGACACCAAUUGCGCAGCAACUGCUGUUUCACCUUGUAUUACAUUCGGCCAAAUUGCAGAGAUUGUGGACGAAGGCCAAACUACUUGUGCCAUGGCUGGAUCUAUGUUCUCCAUCAUGAUAGCAUGUCCUUGGAUAUAUACAUUCUCAUACAGAACAAGGCUAAGAAAGAAAUACAAUUUAGAGGAAGCUCCAAUAAUGGACGCCCUGGUUCAUUUUUUGUUUUUGCCCUGUGCAUUGUGUCAGGAAUACAGGGAGCUUAAAAGUAGAGGACUGCAUCCAGGCCUUGGAUGGGCUGGAAAUCAAGAAAGACCACUGCCUAAAACUGGCAUGGCAGCUCCACCAAGUCAAGCCAUGCAUAGAUAACUAUGCUUAGUGAUUGGAAAGUUCCAGAGAAUUAUGGAAGCUUCCUAAGAGUUUAUGCUUCAGCAUAAGAGGAUUAAGAAACCAUUUCGACUUAUUAAUUAUAAGUUUCUUGUAUUGUAUAAUGAUUUGUAUCAACAUGUAUUAAGAGUACUGUUGAAAUAUAGAGCAGAAAUAAUAUGUGCCUUGACCCCAGGCACAUAAGCAGUCCGUACGAGGGUUCCAUGCAAACAGAUAAUAUCUACGAGGCCAGGUCUUGUGUAAACAUCAUGCUACAACUUGACUACUAUUUUAUUUUAAGUUUUAUGCC